AGAGAAGACUAGCAAUGAGUGGGGGGAUCUCGCGAGGUUUGGGCCGGGUGCUACCGGUCGGAGAGGACAGAGGAGUCGCUGCGGUAGGCGAGGAAGAAGAAGAAGGUGAAGGUAGGUGCAGAGAUAAGAGCCCAAGUCAACCAUUUGCUACCCUAUACAAAGAACAUCUAAAGAAAGCAGCCAUGGGAAACAUCUUCGGAAAUCUGUUGAAAAGUCUAAUUGGGAAGAAGGAAAUGCGAAUACUCAUGGUGGGACUUGAUGCUGCUGGAAAGACCACCAUCUUGUACAAAUUGAAACUUGGAGAAAUUGUGACCACCAUCCCCACAAUAGGCUUUAACGUAGAGACUGUAGAGUACAAGAACAUCAGCUUUACUGUCUGGGAUGUGGGUGGCCAAGACAAGAUCCGACCACUGUGGAGGCACUACUUUCAGAACACUCAGGGCCUAAUUUUUGUGGUGGACAGUAAUGACAGAGAGAGAGUAAAUGAGGCACGUGAAGAGUUGAUGAGAAUGCUGGCAGAGGAUGAGCUUCGGGAUGCUGUGCUGCUCGUGUUUGCAAAUAAACAGGACCUUCCCAAUGCCAUGAAUGCUGCUGAGAUCACAGACAAGCUGGGCCUUCAUUCUCUUCGUCACCGCAACUGGUACAUCCAGUCCACCUGUGCCACCAGUGGAGAUGGUCUCUACGAGGGGCUGGACUGGCUAGCCAACCAAUUAAAGAACAAGAAGUAACGACUCCAACCCCUACCUCUGCCUCCCCAGUGUGCUCCUGACUCUUUCUCCCCAAUCCCUUCCAUCCAAAAUUCCCUCCUCAGCCAGAGCAGGAUGGGGCUGGCUUCUGACACAGACCACCCCAUCCCUUCUGGUCCCACACUCGCUUACUUUGCCGUUUUGAUUUGGGGUGUUUUUAUCGGGUGCCGUGUUUCUUCUGACUCAUCCAGCUGCUGUUACUUGCUCUUUAUUUGUCCUUUUGGAGAUUUUGGGUGGGGGAGGACUUGUGAGAUUUGGCAGUACAUGCCAUAGCAAUCUACCCCCUGUAGACAGGGUCGGUAAGGCAAGGAUUCGGGAGCUGUGCUGUUUUGUGUCUGUAUGUUCUGUUGAAGCUCCCUGAGCUGAAGACUGAGAGAUGUAUUUGGCUUAUCGUGUUUGUUUUUCAAGGCAGGUUGUUUCAGUGCUUCAUACAAGACAGUUUAGUGGUGCAACCAAGUAAACUGUACUUUCCUUUGUUUUGAAGAAAGGGUUCAUCAAGGUCUUAAUAU